AUGGCUUUGAGCGUACAUCGUAUAUCAGUAAUGACUUUCAACAUGUGGAAAGUCAGUAAUUAUCCUGGAAAUUGGCCGCAUCGUCGUCUACCCCUUCUUGAAUGUUUAACCACAUUUACACCUGACAUAUUGUGUGUACAAGAAUUACAUCCAUUAUUUCAUGAUCUUAUUGUUGAAGCUUUGCCAUCUCAUGCAUAUAUUAAAGAUGAUUUUGCUGGUUGGCAGAAUGAGAGUAAUAUAUAUUGGAAUGGAAAUUUAUUUGAUAUAGUAGAAUAUGGUAUUAUUGAUAUUGGCAUGAAAGAAACAUUACGACGUCUGUUUUGGGUACUUUUAAAAGUUAAAACACUUAAACUGACAACUGAAGAACAAACGAAGUCCGAAAAGAUCAUUACUCAACAAAUUUUGAUAGCAACUGCACAUUAUACAUGGGAAGGUCAUGCAGAAGAGCAUACAACAAAUAUUAAUCUACGUCAACAACAAGCACAACGUACAGCAACAGCUUUACACGCUUUACAAUCAAAGUUUGGUGAUCCUCAUUUAGCUAUGUUAUUUAUGGGAGAUUUAAAUGAAAAUUUUCAUCCACGACGUAUUUUACGUGAAGCUGGUUUUAUUGAUUGUUUUAGUGCAUUACGAUUACCUUGUCUUCCUACUCAUCCACAACGUCCUAGUACACCUAAAGAAGAUUUUCUUGGUGAUUGUCCAUUAGAUUGGAUAACGCAAAACAAUUAUGCACGUCCUAUUUUAGCGAAUGUAUUAAGAAAUUUGAUUUGUACAGGAGGAUAUUCGGUGUCUGACCAUUGUCCAGUAAUGUGUAUCUAUGAAAUAGGAUCUGGACCGAAUAACAAAGAUUAUAAUCUUAUUAUCAAUUUUGAUAAUAAUGAAUCACCAUUGAAGACUCCGCCAUUACCAGAUUUAUAUAAUAUCGUAAAUAAUAAUAAAAAUUUUAUUUUUGAUUCUGAGGUUGAGUCAGAUUUGCCCAGUGUUCUUGCGGAUACAUCUACUGAGAUACAACCAACAAUAACAUCUUUAGAAAAUCAGGUGCCAUCACACACAACUAUAAAUGAUUUUCCUUCUCAACCAUCUUUAAAUCUUCAAGAUGUAUGGAUAGAGUAUUCCGAACAAGAAACUUUUCAAAAUGAUGAGCAUCUGCCCACAACAGAAACAAUACAUAGUGAGACGAAUGAAUCGAUACCAGAUCUUGAGGAAUUUUGGAGACGUGGUGUGGCACAUGAGAAUAACACAGAUCCUAUUGUCGAAGAACCUACUGAUCAACAAAUAUCUAGCAUCACCGAUUUUUCUACUGUGGCAAAUGAUCAUUUUACAGAAUCUGAAAAUCAACAAGAACAUAAUACAUCAUUAAUUAAUAAUUUAUAUUUACCAUUACAAUCAUCUUCUAAUGAAAUAUCACAAAAUACUUUGAUAAAUACAGAAGCAUGUCCAUCAGGCAUAGAUGUAAUACCUUAUGGUUAUUUACUUCAUCCUAUUGCGCCAAAAACUCGUGUACGAUAUGAACGUGAAUUGAUUAAUAAUAAAAUGUCAGGUAAAAUGGCUCAUAUAAAAGAUUAUUUUGGAGAAAGUUCAAUAUUUAUUGGACCUGAUAGUUUAUUCACCAAUCGACAUCUUGAAAUUAGUUUACUUUCGAAGACGCCUGACAAUAGAUGUAUUUAUAGUCGUCAUACUUUUUAUAGUCCAAAUAUGCCUGAUGCAAAAAAAUUUUCUAAUCCAAUUUAUCUUGAAUCUAACCAAUUAGAUGUUGAAUGUAAUUUUAUCAAACUAAAAUUAAUGAUUGCUAAAAAAUGUCAACAAGAUUUAUUACGUAACAGUGAAUCUGAUAAACAAUAUCAUUGGACAAAAACUCCUAAAUGCACAAUUAAAUAUUAUCCAUCUGGCGAAGAAAACUCAAUAGAUAUAACACCAAGACAAUUUAAUAAAACUUAUCAACUUGAUAAUCUAGUUCUUGGAAUUCGUCCAGUUGAACUUCAACCAGAUGGAGUUUCAUAUCUUACUACUCCAAAUUCACCUGUUAUCAUCUCAAAUAUUUUUAUUGGAGUCAAUUCUGAUGAUUCACCAACAACAUGGAAUUAUCAUGAAUGCCAACUCAAAAUUGUGGAUAUGAAAAUUAUUAAUGAAGAUGUUUCAUUUAAUGAAAACAAUCGUUGUAUAAUACAAUUUCUUCUUGAAAUUCCACAAUUAUAUCAUUGCACAUUAAAAUCUGGUUUCAAACUACUUGAAGUUUCACUGAUAACAAAUGAUGAUUUAAGUUAUAUCUAUAAAAUUGCUUUUGAAAAUGAUAUUCAAAAUCCAGCAUAUUUUAAAGUGAAUAUUGAUUCAAUUAAUCUGCAGCUCACUAUUAUCAAGGAACGUUUAUCUAAUCAGCAACAGAUACAUAAUGGUCUUCAAUUGAAACCAUUAUCAAACCAAGAUAAUAUCACAGAUUUCAAUCAUUUUUUUGUACGAUUUUGUCUGCAAGAUGUUGGAAUGAAUAAUUUUGAUCAUCCAAAAUCGUAUUCACAUUCAAUUGUGCAAUCAAUGGAAUUGAUUGAUAUAAAUGAAUCGAUUAAUAUGAUGCAAACUUCUUAUCCAGAAAAUAAUGAAUUACAACAAAAUUAUUAUCAAUAA